CGCCCCCCCCUAAUUACUCCGUGCCCCCCCCCGCCUUUCACGCCCCCUCCCCUUACGCCGGCCCCCCCCCCCGGGGGGGGUGGGGGCACUUUUGGGGGGGGUCCCGACCCCCCGCCGCCCCCCCCAGCCGGAAGCGUCCAUUCGAGGAGCCGCGGGGGAGGGGCUACUACGAGCACCGCCAGGAGAAAAGGGCCCGCUCCCACAGCCGCCGGCCGAGGAGGAGGAGAGGACUUCGACGACUCCCUGGUGGCCGUGGACACCUACAACUGUGACCUGCACUUCAAGGUGGCCCGGGACAGGUACAGCGGGUACCCGCUGACCAUCGAGGGCUUCGCCUACCUCUGGUCAGGGGCCAGGGCCACCUACGGCGUGAGGCAGGGCCGGGUCUGCUACGAGAUGAAGGUG